AUGCUCCUCAAUGUCGCUGGAACCAUGGCCAAGCAUCAAGAUGACUCUCUCGAAUCUGUCAACAAGGAGAUCUUCACUCACAUCUUCGAGACAAAUACUUUUGGUCCUCUACUUCUCACCCAAGCAUUACUGCCAAACUUGUUCAAGGCCCGGGCUGCAAAAGUCGGCAUUGUGUCUUCACGUGUUGGCUCCAUCACCGACAAUUCGACGGGUGGCAUCUACGCCUAUCGUGCGUUCAAAGCUGACGUCAACUCCAUCGGAAAAAGCCUUGCCAUGGAUCUCAAGGACAAAGGUAUCGUUGUCAGUCUACUCCAUCCAGGAAUCGUUAAGACUGGAUUGGACCCUACCGCUACCGACACGCCUGAAGCCAUCAUGCCAGAUGAGGCUGCCACCAAACUUUGGAAUGUCUGGCAGGGCGAAGAGAUAGAAGACACAGGCAAGUUCUGGCAUCGUGAAGGCCAGGAACUACCCUGGUAG